AGCAGCUCUCUUCGAGGACUCUAGCCCCGACCUCCGGCGCCGUCACGUCCUGCGAGACUCCACCAUUCCCUGCGCUGGGGGGAAGGCGAGGGGUGCUGGAAAGUCACACCCUCCGUCCUUUUCUUGUUUGUCCUUGACCUCCGGAUAGAUUUAAAAAUUCUGAGACUUCUUCACCAGUGUGGCUUGCGUGGAACCUCCCAGGCUGGGUCGAGUCACUGUUCGUGCCCCACGCUGUGCCUCUGCCCCCCGGGGAGAAGUGGUAGUUCCCAGUUCGCCCCGCCUCUCUUUCGCCCCUCCCCCAACAUGGCGGCUGCCAGCCAGCGCUUGCUGUUGGCGGGUAGUGGUGGCGGCUGCUGUUGCUGAAGAAGCUGCUGCUUCUUUCAUUCGGGCUCCGACCUAGAGAAGAAUUGUAAAGUGAGGGAGGUAGGAAGGAAAGACGAGAGUGCUGAGGGAGGGCCGAGGAGGAACCUUUCUAUUUGCUGACCUUGGGAUGAAAAAAUGACAUCUAUCAUCAAACUAACUACCCUUUCGGGGGUGCAAGAAGAGUCUGCCCUUUGCUAUCUGCUUCAGGUUGAUGAGUUUCGAUUUUUAUUGGACUGUGGCUGGGAUGAGCACUUUUCAAUGGAUAUCAUAGAUUCCCUUAGGAAACAUGUUCACCAGGUAGAUGCAGUACUGCUCUCUCAUCCUGAUCCUCUCCAUCUUGGUGCCCUCCCAUAUGCUGUUGGAAAAUUGGGUUUGAAUUGUGCUAUCUAUGCAACCAUUCCUGUUUAUAAAAUGGGACAAAUGUUCAUGUAUGAUCUUUAUCAGUCUCGUCAUAAUACAGAGGAUUUUACACUUUUUACACUGGAUGAUGUGGAUGCAGCUUUUGAUAAAAUACAACAACUCAAAUUCUCUCAAAUUGUGAAUUUGAAAGGCAAAGGGCAUGGUUUGUCCAUCACACCUCUGCCAGCUGGUCACAUGAUAGGAGGAACAAUAUGGAAAAUAGUUAAAGAUGGGGAAGAAGAAAUUGUUUAUGCUGUUGACUUCAAUCACAAGAGGGAGAUUCACUUAAAUGGAUGUUCCCUGGAAAUGUUAAGCAGACCUUCAUUGCUUAUCACAGAUUCCUUUAAUGCUACUUAUGUACAGCCGAGACGAAAACAAAGGGAUGAACAACUACUCACAAAUGUCCUGGAAACACUUCGAGGUGAUGGGAAUGUGUUAAUAGCUGUGGACACAGCAGGCAGAGUUUUGGAACUUGCCCAACUUCUUGAUCAGAUUUGGAGAACUAAAGAUGCAGGACUGGGCGUAUACUCAUUAGCACUCCUGAAUAAUGUCAGCUACAAUGUAGUGGAGUUUUCUAAAUCCCAGGUAGAAUGGAUGAGUGAUAAAUUGAUGAGAUGUUUUGAAGACAAAAGAAAUAAUCCAUUUCAGUUUCGUCAUCUUUCUUUAUGUCAUGGUCUUUCUGAUCUGGCUCGUGUGCCUAGCCCCAAAGUUGUACUUGCCAGCCAGCCUGAUUUGGAAUGUGGGUUUUCAAGAGAUCUCUUUAUUCAGUGGUGCCAGGACUCUAAAAAUUCAAUCAUCCUCACUUAUAGAACUACACCUGGAACAUUAGCCCGUUUCCUAAUAGAUAAUCCUUCUGAGAAAAUCACAGAAAUAGAGUUGAGAAAACGUGUGAAACUUGAAGGAAAAGAACUUGAAGAGUAUCUAGAGAAAGAGAAACUGAAGAAGGAAGCUGCUAAAAAGCUAGAACAAUCAAAGGAGGCAGAUAUAGAUUCUAGUGAUGAGAGUGAUGUUGAAGAAGAUAUUGACCAACCAUCAGCACACAAAACCAAGCAUGAUUUGAUGAUGAAAGGUGAAGGUAGCCGAAAAGGAAGUUUCUUCAAACAGGCUAAAAAGUCUUAUCCUAUGUUUCCUGCCCCAGAAGAAAGAAUUAAAUGGGAUGAGUAUGGAGAGAUUAUCAAACCAGAAGAUUUCUUAGUGCCCGAACUUCAAGCCACUGAAGAAGAAAAAAGCAAAUUAGAAUCUGGCUUGACAAAUGGAGAUGAACCUAUGGAUCAGGAUUUAUCAGAUGUUCCUACCAAGUGCAUAUCUGCAACAGAAUCAAUUGAAAUCAAAGCCAGAGUUACUUAUAUAGACUAUGAAGGACGUUCAGAUGGUGACUCCAUUAAAAAAAUAAUUAAUCAGAUGAAACCACGGCAGUUGAUUAUCGUGCAUGGACCACCAGAGGCCAGUCAAGAUCUAGCAGAAUGUUGCCGAGCUUUUGGUGGAAAAGAUAUUAAAGUGUAUAUGCCAAAGCUACAUGAAACAGUAGAUGCCACCAGUGAAACUCAUAUCUAUCAGGUGAGAUUAAAGGAUUCACUUGUCAGCUCUCUUCAGUUCUGUAAAGCAAAAGAUGCUGAACUAGCUUGGAUAGAUGGUGUCCUAGACAUGCGAGUUUCCAAAGUAGACACAGGUGUUAUUUUAGAAGAAGGAGAACUGAAGGAUGAUGGAGAAGACUCAGAGAUGCAAGUGGAUACUCCUUCAGAUGCUAGUGUCAUAGCACAGCAAAAAGCUAUGAAGAGUCUAUUUGGAGAUGAUGACAAAGAAACAGGUGAAGAGAGUGAAAUUAUUCCCACUUUGGAACCUUUGCCACCUCAUGAGGUUCCUGGACACCAGUCAGUGUUUAUGAAUGAACCAAGACUGUCUGAUUUUAAACAAGUUCUGUUGCGAGAGGGAAUCCAGGCUGAGUUUGUGGGAGGAGUACUUGUUUGCAACAAUCUAGUAGCUGUCCGUAGAACUGAAACUGGACGUAUUGGACUUGAAGGCUGCCUUUGUCAGGAUUUUUAUAGGAUAAGAGAUCUUUUAUAUGAACAGUAUGCUAUUGUGUAGGGGACCUGUUGUCCAGAAGAAUCUGUUUUCCCUUUCUGAGGAAAAAAAAGGAAGGGCUCUUCACCUUAUUUUGUUGUUUUCCUUUGUUGUUCUAUAAUUUAUACAGAGAGGACUAGUUAGGAAGAUAAUAUUUUAAGCCCAAGAAAUUAUACUAAAUAAGUGAAAAAUGCAGACCAUUUUGCUUAGUAAAUCUUGAACAUUCCACCUUUUUGAUUUUCAGAUUGAUAAAUACCAUGACUAUGGCUGUACAUGCCCAGAAAUUGACAUUGUUGGUUUUCUUUAUAGACAAGCCCACUUUUCUAAGCUGGCAUUAUUUGAUUUUAACGGUAAAACUAGGCAAACAAGUUCUUGGACUCAGAGGGUAUAUGUAUGUUCAUAAAAAAUAAUUUUUACAGAGUUUGUGUAAAUCAGUGUUUUGUGUUUUGUUUUUUUGUUUUUUUGUUUUUUUUAAUUUCUCAGAAUAGGAAAAAAUGGGGGAUUUUGAAAUUAGGAAAGAACUGCUACUCAGAGUACAAAAGCAACUGUUUUGAUAAAAUGGACUUUUAUAGAUUGUUUAAAUAAACAACAGCAACAAAUA